AAGGUAUUAAGAGAACUUAUCUCGCCUUAUCACCAACACGGCCUUUACUUCAGGUGUCCGUUGACGUCUCAUCAAGUCUUCAGACACACCGAGAUCAGUCAAGAUGAUCAUGAAGGCUGCUGUAAUAUUGUUCGUCACCUGUCUCUGGUCCUUAGGACGAUGCCAAGUUCCCAUGGGUGAAUUGCCGACCAAGGUCACUGCGUUUGUUCGACAUGCUGCCACCUUCGCUGCGAACGAAUUAAACACUCGGUCCAACGGAAUAUACUGGAAUACGCUUACCCACAUACAGAAUGCAACUAUAGAGGCCGUCAUGGGGAUAAUGUACCGUAUGGAGAUCACCCUGCAAGAAUCGACAUGCAAGAACAUCCCAGCUAACAACGACGCCAAUCCCACAGCUUGCCCACCCAAGGCCGGAGCUAUGACGAUGUCUUGCCAUGUUGAAGUGUUGGAUGAUCCAGGAUCUACACCACGCUACACACUGAAGAACAACCACUGUGUGGCAUAGUGCCAUGUAACGCCGCUAUCCACCCAUACAGGCAGAAGCUGUUAGCCAUCAUUGACGUAACCUUGUCUCAAUUGCACUAAGCCUUGGAAUAAACAUGUCGACAGGCA